CGGGCGAAUGCAACAUCAACUAUCAUUCUUUUUGUGACCGAAACCUAUAAUGGCUCUUAAAAUCAAAAAGAGAAAAAGCCUCAUACAGUACAGAAUAUCUUUAAAAUUGAAAAAGAACAAAGAUCUAGUUCAAUUACUGAUUUGAUAUAUAACCAACCAUCAAUUACAGUAAGACAAGUGUGCCAUUCUCUCGAAAAACGCGAGUAGGCAAAACACGGAAUGCCUCGUUUGAUAGUUUAAAAAACCCGUCUUUGAUUUGUUUGUACAACGAAAUGAACUCCCUUGGCUCUUGGCAUUGGGUUUUAAUGAUGUAUUACAAUUAAGUAACAGAAGAAAAACUGAUUCCACAACAAAAUCAAGGUCCACUUCAUCUAGAGGGGGGAAAACGUAUAAAAAAGUCAGUUGUGUUGAAUUAUUUUUUACAUCAACAAAAUGAGAAUUACAACAGGUAUUAUCAUUUUAGCAACUACAGCUAGCACAGUACUUGCAUCCAACAUUACCUACAAUGUAGUUUCGCUUGUGCCUAGCAAUCAAACAUUAGGUGUUCUCGUAGACGGUCAACUGUAUCCGUUAACAGGUGAAAGUGACUCUUCUAUUUUCCAUACUGGUGAAGCACCUUCUGCUAGUUCAGGAUACAAAUAUGCACAGAUCUUGAAGAAUGACUACAGCAUUGUUUCUCAAGAAAACUUCACUCGUAGUCCUUUAACUAAUGAUACACUCAAUGAAUAUUACGAUCGAUCUUGGAACACAAAAACCAUGAACACCAUUCCUACCAUUUUAAGUCCUUUAUCUGUCGUGAACCGCAUUGACUCUGAUCUUCAUGUGGAUGGUCAAAUUCCUACAAUUCAUUUGACGGGCAACCAAACAGCAGUUGAUGAGAUGCAUGCCGACUCUCAAGCUGACACCAAGGUUGAUUUAAACAUGACUUACAUUAGUCUCAAUGCACUCAAGACUUACUCCAGUAUUUCCGUCUCUAUCUCAGGCCAUAGUACUCGCUCUUAUGCCAAACUUUCUUAUUCUAUCAAGAUUCCCAAAAAGCAAGGUGACCUUUUCAAUUAUCGUAGACUCAAGUUGAGAUCCAUGGCUACUGACGCAAGCUAUAUGCGCGAUGAAUUAAAUUAUGAUAUUGCCAACUCGAUUGGACUGCCUACUUCCAAGUGUAGCUAUAUUCGCCUCUUUAUUAACGAUAAUCCCAUUGGCCUUUUUGCUCUAGCUGAAGUCUUUAAGAAUCCUUGGAUUCAAAAUGAAUUUGCCGAUGGUGAUAGUGAUUAUAAACAGGGCGCUUUUUUUGUUGCUGAUGUCAGUGGUGGUCAAAAUAUGAGUGGUGGCGGUGGUGGCAAUCAAACAAUGGGUGGUGGCAAUCAAACAAUGGGUGGUGGCAAUCAAACAAUGGGUGGUGGCAAUCAAACAAUGGGUGGUGGCAAUCAAACAAUGGGUGGUGGCAACCAAACAAUGGGUGGUGGCAACCAAACAAUGGGUGGUGGUCAGGCAAUGGGCGGAGACUCUUCUUCCAUGCAAGGUAGUAGCUCAGAUUUGUCCUAUCUUGGAACCAAUAUCAGUCUUUACAGUGCCGGCCAAUACAAGGUCAAAGAAGACCCUUCCAUUGGUUCUGCCAAUUAUACUCGUAUCAUGGACUUGACCCGAUUCAUUUCUGAACAAAUUAACGCAACUCAGGUGGAUGAUUCAGUCGUAUCUUCAUGGCAAGAGAAGAUGGAUACUGAUAGCGCUCUUCGUAUGAUUGCUAUGGAAAUUGUAAUUUCUAACUCUGACGCUUAUUUCACCAUGGGAAACAAUUACAUCAUGUAUGACGACCUUGAUGCUGAUCGUAUUGUAUUCUCUGGCCAAGACUUUGAUCUUACUAUGGGCACCAGCAUCAGUAAUGCUACUUUGAUGAAUUCUGGUAAUUACACUGAUUAUCCCAACUUUUCAAAACGGCCCUUGUCAGUUGCCAUGAUGAAAGUCCCUCAAUUCAAGCAGGAUUUAGAAAAUUUGAUUUACAAUAUCACUCGAGAUCUUGUGAAUACAGAUAUCUUGACUCCUCGCGUGAAUUCUCUUAUGAAUCUUAUUAGCGAAGAUGUUGCCUGGGAUAAAACACUCACUCGUGUUGCUUCAGGUUCUGGUGGUAUGGGACAAGGUCAAUUUCAAGUAAGCAGCAGCUCUUCCAAUUCUCUCUCCAUUGAUAGCAUGACCUUAAUGGAAGGUGUUAAAGGCUCAUCCAAUUCAACCAAUAGUAUGGCCUUGCUGGAAUGGCUUGAGCUUCGCAGUAACAAUAUCCUCACUUUUUUCAAUUCUACUACGUCGUCUUAAUUUAUUUUAGAACACAACCUUAAUUGUUCUUUGUAUAUUUUAUUGAAUAAACUCAUCAAUCUCACCAAACUCAGCAGCUCAAUGGAUCAAGUGUGUUUUAGUAAGAAUGAAUAGUUUGGAAACGCAUGACUUGUUCAACAUUUCAUGCAAAUCUUUGCCUUUUUCCUGGCAUAUGAAGGUAGCAUAAAGCCUGUUUAUGCACAAAUAGACGCUCUAAAUACUUAGGAAAUAUGUUUACUAAUAUUUAUGGUACCUUUGGAGUUAAUCUGAACUAAGAAAAGCGAC